AUGGUCGUGGACGUGGACGUGGACGUAGACAUGGUCGUGGACCUUGACGUGGACGUGGUCGUGGUCGUGGACGUGGUCGUGGACGUGGACAUGGACGUGGACGUGGACGUUGACGUGGACGUGGACGUGGACAUAGACGUGGACGUGGACGUGGCCGUGGACGUGGUCGUGGACAUGGACGAGGACGUGGACGUGGACGUGGACGUGGGCGUUCACGUGGGCGUGGACGUGGACGUGGACGUGGACGUGGACGUGGGCGUUGACGUGGUCGUGGACGUGGUUGUGGACGUGGACGUGGACGUGAACAUUGAUACGUGGACGUGGACGUGGACGUGGUCGUGGACGUGGACGUGGACGUGGACGUGGACGUGGACGUGGUCGUGGACGUGGACGUGGACGUGGACGUGGACGUGCACGUGGACGUGGACGACGUGA